AAACUAAAAAAGUUGCAUUUGGAUUGAAUUUUGGGUUCAUUUGCAUUUCCCAACCUUGCUCAGUGUAACUAAUCCUAGUCAGAUUCUAACCCCAAUGUGACCCAUCUUAGUUUAUUUAAAGUGAGAGAAACUGGUUAGGCCUGCCGGGUUCUGAUUUCUGAAAAGUCCCUUCCCUCAAUCUUUUAAUUCUUCUCUCUUACUUGAAAAAAAGAACUUUUUGUUUCUCUUUCUAGAUGAACAGUAUUAGACUAUUGUAAUUUGAUUGAGUAAUGAUGUAAAGAAAAGGAGAAUUUCUAGUUUCUUCUGAUCUUGUUGGUUUGGGUUUUGGGGAGUGGGGGUGUUCAUAUGUUUUUUAUUUUUUGGUUUUCUUGGAAGUUUGGCUUGUUGGGUUUUGGUUUCUAACUUUGGAUGGGAACUGAGACGAGGGAAGAAACAGUGUUGAAGAAGCAGAAGAAAGAUGAUGGGGAAGUUAUUAAGAGAGGGCAGUGUUUGUUGUACAGUUGUAAACUACUACAGCCUCGUACAAGUUGGUCUUGUUUUAGACGAGGGAGUUACUCUUUCUGCAAGUGAUACAAUCUUGCAUCUCUAUUACAGCAUCCCUUGACCACUUAAAAAAAGAUCUGACCAAAAACAAAAAGGAAAAACAACCACACACCUACGCAAAUACUAAAGAUCAGUAGUUUUAAAACAAGAAGAAGAUAUCUGUUUUUAAAGAGUGUUCCUUUCAUCAGCAACCAUGAAGAGACUUGGCAGCUCAGAUUCCUUGGGUGCUUUGAUGUCCAUCUGCCCAACAACAGAUGAACAUAGUCCAAGAAACAACCAUAUAUACAGUAGAGAGUUUCAGUCGAUGUUAGAUGGAUUAGAUGAAGAAGGCUGUGUGGAAGAAUCAGGCCAUGUUGCUGAGAAGAAGAGGCGGUUAAGUGUAGAUCAAGUUAAGGCCUUGGAGAAGAAUUUCGAGGUUGAAAACAAACUUGAACCUGAGAGGAAAAUGAAACUAGCUCAAGAACUUGGCUUGCAACCUCGCCAAGUCGCUGUCUGGUUCCAAAACCGACGUGCUAGGUGGAAGACCAAGCAAUUGGAAAGGGAUUAUGGCCUUCUCAAAUCCAGUUAUGAAACUCUUAAGGUCAAUUAUGAUACCCUCCAGCAUGACAAUGAAGCUCUUCUCAAAGAGAUAAGUGAGCUGAAGGCAAAGCUGAAUGGAGAGAGCACAAAGAGCAAUCUUUCAGUGAAGCAGGAGGUGAUUGUACCUGAAAGUAACGAUACUAAAGCACUCGAACAAAGUGAACCACCUCCGGUUUCCUCACUGGCUACCCCAUCAGAGCCAGCAGAAUUGAACUAUGAGAGCUUCAACAACAGCAAUGGAUCAGUUGGCGCCACCCUUAUUGCAGACUUGAAAGACGGGUCAUCAGAUAGUGACUCCAGCGCUAUCUUGAAUGAAGACAACAACAACAGCCCCAACAACGCGGCUGUUUCUUCAUCUGGUGUCCUACCAAGCCAACACCUUUUGAUGUCGCCAACGACUACCUCUUCACUCAAUUUCAACUCAUCUUCUUCUCCAACAUCCUCCAUGAAUUGCUUCCAGUUGCCUAAAACAACCUAUCAACCCCUUCAAUAUGUGAAGAUUGAGGAGCAUAAUUUCUUCAGCACGGAUGAAGCUUGCAAUUUCUUUUCAGAUGAGCAAGCUCCAAGUCUGCCCUGGUAUUGUCCUGAUCAAUGGAACUAAAAGCCAAAAUCAACAUGUAUGUAAUAUGGGACCAAACCAAAUGCAGGGAAAUAAGGAAAAAAAAAAGGCAAAGUUGGGUAUCUUAAAUGAAGCUCCAAGAAUUUUGUAAGAUGGGAAUUAUAUGUAAGAAGUUAAACCACCAAUACCAUGACCUCCGCCUGUGCAGAGUUGAAAGAUGGAGGUAAAGAAUGGAAGGAAAACAAAAAUGGGAAUUUGGAGCUGAAGAUGGGGCAGAGAGAAGGGUUCACGUGGGGGGACUUGGGAGGGCCUGGGCGAAAGGUGACACCAAAUUGGGGGAGAUGAGGGGCGUGCGGGAAUAGGUCGUAAUUCAAAGUUUUUAUUUUUCUCUCGUCUGCUGUAAAUGGAAAAAUAUCCGCAAUCCUUUUGGGGAAAGUAAAGUUUUAUUUUCUUCUAA